ACGACCAGCAAUACGAUCCUUUACACCGUUUUCUUGUUUGACAAUAUCGACGACUAAGGAUGGCCUCCAACCCCAGCGAGAUCAAGGGCACCUCUAUCCACCUCAUCGCCCAGAUGACGGCUAAGCCCGGUCAGGCGGAGGCGAUCCUCAAGCAUCUCAAAAAUGUACAGGUUAAUGCGCAUUCGGAUAACGAGCCCGGGUGCAACAGGUAUGACGUGGUGAGGUACGAGGACCAUUUCGCGGUGAUUGAGAACUACAGCACUCAGGGCGACGUUGACAUACACAUGGCUUCGGAACAAUUCAAGGCCUUCGCAGCUGAGGUCGAGAGCUUGACCGUUCCUGGGACGUUCAUCCUCAAGUUCUUUGGCGAGACCUGAAGUUGGCCGAGGUGCUGAAGAGGAUAGGAAGCGUCGUAGCUAGUUGCAAGGCAAAGGCAGAGACAAACGAAGAAUUGAAUGAGUCGUAAAGAUCUCAUGGGUCG